AUGGCUGCUCAACUGAAUAAUUCCAAUGAACGGCUCAUCACUGCUUGCCUAUUUGCAUUCAGCGAUUGCAAUGGAAUUCUGGAAGUUACAAUCCGCGACAGUGCCAAUGGCAGAUUUGUCCUCACUAGGACAAAUCACUACUUCAGAGCUGUGGAAAACAUGAAGCAGUACAAAGUGAAGAUUAAUAGCGAGGAGUUUGAUGAACCUACAAUUUUCCAUGUACUUUACGACAAGACAUUGCAUGGAAUGCCAAUAUGCCCUUACAUGGUAUUCAAGGCAAUGGCAGAAGGACACGCGCUAGACCUACAAAGAGAGGAUUAUAUGGCGGUGAUGAAGGCUGUAGAACAGUUUGCUAAAUCAGAGUGA